UAUCAAUAUCUGGCGAGCCACGGGUCUCCAACAUGAUCCGCACCCUCGUACUCCUGGCAGUUAUUGGAAUAUGUGUCGGAGCCCCGCAGUUUCUCAUCCAGAGCUCGGUGCCCGAGCCACAUCCAGCCAUCCUGGAGAACGAGGCCAUGGAAGCGUUGCUGCCCGACGAAUUGAAGAACGACUUUUAUAAGAAUCCGAAUAUCGUCGCGGCUCUCGCUCAACCUUCCUGGUUUGGUUAUAAGGAGGCGCAGGUAACCCAUCGUGAAAGCGACAAGAUACCACGAGAAAAAGUCUAUCAUAUUCUUCACAAUGCAGGUUUCGUUCGCUGAUAAUUCAAUGUAAUUUAUACACCUGGAAAGAAUACGACGAAUUGACCGGACAAACUUCACUAUUACACAUACAUUUCUCUUUUCCGCCUACCUUCCUGUCUCUGCUUUU